AUGCACUCCCGUUUUCUCAUCCUCGCCGGCCUCAUCUCCACGGCCGCUGCUGUCACCCGCGUGGCCCCUGCCCAAAUCGUCGCUCGCCACGAGCUCCAGGCGCGCCAGACCGACAUCAGCGAUUGGAUUGAUGAAAUCCCCGGUCUGGAUGAUCUCGACGGUGCGGCCGAGUGCGUCAAGGCCAUGGUCUCAAUCGCGACCUCUAUGCCGACUCCCCCCCCCGAGCUGUACUCCUGGGCUGCGACCCAAACCGAAGAAAAUCCCUGCAAGAUUACAUACCCGCCAAAGGUCGAAGAAGCUUUCGAGGAUUAUGCUAGCUCCAUGACCUCCUGGUGGAGUGCCCACUCCAAGGAAUACAGUGCGGCCCUGUCCAAGUGCCCCGAUGUUUCUUCCCUCUACGACGAAGGUCAAAAUUACAUUUGCACCGAGAACGGUUCGCGGACCACGCUUGCUGGCCCCCAGGCCACCUCCGGCUCCGGCUCUGGUCCCAGCAGCAACGGCAGCGGCAACAACGAUGACGAUGAAGACGUCAGCACUGGUGCCGGUCACCGUGAAACUGCCACUGUCGGACUGGCUGUUGCCCUUGCUGGCUUCCUUGCUGUUGUUGCCGCCCUCUAA